AUGGGCGACGCGCCCAUCGCCGUCGUGAAUGAGGCUGAGGAGGAGCACAUCUUCCGGAGCCGGUUCCCACCCGUGGACCUGCCGGACGACGUCACCUUGCCGGAGUUCGUGCUGGCGGGCGCCGAGGCCUACGCGGACAAUGUGGCGCUCGUGGAGGCCGCGCCGGGGGGCCGGUCCUACACCUACGGCGAGGUGGUCCGGGACGUGGCGCGGUUCGCCCGGGCGCUACGGUCCGUGGGCGUCCGCAAGGGCCACGUAGUGGUGGUCGCGCUGCCGAACCUCGCGGUGUACCCCGUGGUGAGCCUCGGGAUCAUGUCGGCGGGCGCGGUCUUCUCCGGCGUGAACCCGCGCGCCAUCGCCGCCGAGAUCAAGAAGCAGGUGGAGGACUCGGAGGCCAAGCUCGUGGUCACCAACGAGGUGGCCUACAACAAGGUGAAGGACGCGGGCGUGCCGGUGAUCAGCAUCGGGGACGACAUGGAGCGCCUCCCCGGUGCGAUCAUCUGGGACGAGCUCCUCGCCGCCGCGGACCGCGCGGGCGCGCCGGUGGUGGCGCUAGACCCGGUGCAGCAGUCCGACCUGUGCGCGCUCCCCUACUCGUCCGGCACGACGGGGGUGUCCAAGGGCGUGAUGCUGAGCCACCGGAACCUGGUCUCCAACCUCUGCUCCUCCAUGUUCGCCGUCGGGGAGGAGCUGGUCGGGCAGGUGGUCACCCUGGGGCUCAUGCCCUUCUUCCACAUCUACGGCAUCACCGGCAUCUGCUGCUCCACGCUCCGGCACAAGGGCACGGUGGUGGUGAUGGACCGCUUCGACCUGCGCACGUUCCUGGGCGCGCUGGUGACGCACCGAGUGAUGUUCGCGCCCAUCGUGCCGCCCGUGAUGCUGGCCAUGGUGAAGAGCCCCGUGGCCGACGAGUUCGACCUCUCCGACCUCGCCCUCAAGUCCGUCAUGACCGCCGCCGCGCCGCUCGCGCCGGACCUGCUCGCGGCGUUCGAGAAGAAGUUCCCGGGCGUGCAGGUGGAGGAGGCGUACGGGCUCACGGAGCACAGCUGCAUCACGCUGACGCACGCCGCCGGCGACGACCCGUGGCAGCAGGGGCCCGUCCAGAUCGCCAAGAAGAACUCGGUGGGGUUCAUCCUGCCCAACCUGGAGGUGAAGUUCGUGGACCCCGACACGGGUCGGUCGCUGCCCAAGAACACGCCCGGGGAGAUCUGCGUCCGAAGCCAGGCCGUGAUGCAGGGUUACUACAGGAAGAAGGAGGAGACGGAGCGCACCAUCGACGCCAAGGGCUGGCUCCACACCGGCGACGUCGGCUACAUCGACGACGACGGCGACGUGUUCAUCGUCGACCGGAUCAAGGAGCUGAUCAAGUACAAGGGCUUCCAGGUUGCUCCUGCCGAGCUGGAGGCCAUUCUCCUGUCCCACCCGUCAGUGGAAGACGCGGCCGUCUUCGGCCUGCCGGACGAGGAGGCCGGCGAGGUCCCGGUGUCGUGCGUGGUGCGGCGGCGCGGCUCGUCGGAGAGCGAGGCGGACAUCAUGGCGUACGUGGCGGACCGCGUGGCGUCGUACAAGAAGCUCCGGCAGCUGCAGUUCGUGGACGUCAUCCCCAAGUCGGUUUCCGGCAAGAUCCUGCGGCGGCAGCUUAGGGACGAGUUCGUCAACAGGACCAAAACGGCAGCAGCCUAG